UUCGCCUGUCGCAUUCGUUUCAUCAUUGCAAAUUCCCAUUGGCAUUAUAUACAUUUGACACAUGAAAUUCCAGUGAUUAUCCUCCCAACUUUUACAGCAACCUAUCUCAGAAGCAAAAAGUGUCAACAUUGAUUGAUUGUAAUGAAUAAACAUAUGAUAGAGAGUGUAAUAAUGGUGAAGGAGAGAAGGAAGGAUUGAGAAACGUGUUUAUUAUCGUGUGCUGAAAAAAGUGAGCGGCUGGGGCGAGAGUUUGGCGAACGGAACAGCGUGAUCGAAAAGAGGGGCUCAAGCGCGCGCGCGGGGGCCCUCAACAGAGGCUUUUUUUCCCCUCCACAAGGAAAUAGCAAGAAAGAAAGAAAGAAAGGAAAAAAAAAGUGAAAUACGCACAGAAUUAUCAAAUAAAAGAUCGACAUGCAGUGGUGUACGAGUAAUGGGGCAUAUAUCGAAAGAUGAGACGUAAAUUGAAUAAAAAUCUUGUUGUAGAUAUAGAGCGGGCACGUGUUGAGGACAUUGCACAGUGAGAAGUGCGUGUUUAUCAUUUUGUGAGGCUAAAUUCUCCCAUUGAGGAUUCAGUACCGAUGAGCCCGGAUAUAUGGCGGCCCGGGUGCUUUUGCUCGGCAUCUUGUUUACGGAAGUGCUUGAGCCUCUUUGCGCCGCAGGUGUUAGAGGUCCUAGUAACAAUGGGCAUGGCAAAAAUGGAGCUAAGGGAGACGGCUUAGACGUGCGUUUCAAUAAAAAUUCAGAUCUAACGCUGAGAAUUGAGCCAAGGGGCGAUAUAGUUCUUGGAAAGCGUGGUAUCACGUUGAGUUGUUUAGCUAGCAACAAUAAUAACAUAACAUGGCUCUAUAAUGAUAGACCUGCACCACCUUGUGGUAUUACCCGAUGUGGAUUGUUGGACGAUGGUUCAUUACAUUUUUAUAAAAAACAAAAUUUACAAUUGGCACAAAAGCCAAGAGAAGGAUCUAGCACCAAGACUAAGCUACCUAAAAAGCAUGUGUACCGUUGCAUUGGUCACACCAUCGGUGGAUUGUUACGAUCAUCACCAACGACUGUACAAAUUGCCGAGCUUGGCCAUACCUUCAAAAGAUUUCCCAACGAUUUGACAGUUGUGGAGGGGGAAAUUGCUAGAUUCUCAUGUCUAAUUGAUAGUGUACCGUUUCCUCCAAACAUUACCUGGCAACAUAACGGAGAACCUGUAUUAACGGAUCACAAUAGCACUAAAUAUUUCACGGUACCACCUGGUGUUCUUUAUAUUACUGCAGCAAAACCGUCUGAUGCUGGUUCAUAUAGAUGUGUUGCGACAAAUGAUUUUAUAAAAAAGACCAAAAAGAGUAAAGAAGCAAAACUCACAGUUAUUUCAAGAUUAGAGAGUAAUGAGACUAGAACUUCAGGAUUGCUUUAUCCACAAAUGUCAUACAAUCAUUCAUUACUGAAUGGAUCGAAUCUCAAGGUUAUUUGCGCGGCCAGUGGCCAUCUACCACCAUCAAUCACUUGGUAUUUCGUACCAAAAUACUCAGAUGAAAGGAACACUGUGCAGAAUCGCAUUCUUCUCAACUCGACAACUGGGAUCAGUGUACUCGCAUUGCAGAAUGUCAGCAUUUCUGACGCUGGUACUUAUCUGUGUUCCACGAAAAAUCCACUCAGCAGUCAUUUGAAUAUUCAGAAUAUUACCGUUGACGUUGUCGUUCCACCUGUGUUGAUAAAAAAACCGGUAAAUCAAAUAUGUCCUAAUGGAAGAACAGCGAGAUUCGAGUGCCAGGCACACGGCAUUCCUCCGCCUCAAAUUUAUUGGCUCAAAGAUUCCGAGAAUAUUGCUAUGAAUGGACGUAGAACAACUUACAUAAAAGAAAAUAACAAGAUAGAAUUGGCGAUAUCAGCGACGGUACCAUCGGACUCUGGUAUUUAUGAGUGCGUUGCAGUGAAUUCAGCUGGUGAGAUUUGGGCCGCUGGUCGGCUUCAAGUUAAUUCAUCUCGUAAUAGUCCAGCUACACCAACUUUACUCAAAUGCCACUCAGAUUCACCAUUUAAAAUUGAAAUAUCAUGGGUACCACCAAAAUCUUUACCAUCUACAAGUAUUACAGCGUAUACCGUCCAUUAUAGUCCUGCCGAAGGUGGUAAAGAGGAGGUAUGCCCUGAACCUGGCAAUUCAACAUCAGUCCAAGUAACCAAACUACUUGAACCGUAUACUAAUUAUUCAUUCUACGUUCGAGUGUGGAAUAAUCAUGGAGCUAGUGAUCAAUCAGAACCGAUUGUUUGUGCCACUGCACAGAGUGUUCCAAAGAGCGCGCCUACAGUACACGUUGAUAUAAUAAGCAGUACAAAAUUGAAUGUAACGUGGGAGCCUUUAACAAAGAGAGAAGCUAGAGGCGUUGUCAUUGAGUACAAAAUCCAAUGGAGGCUCCAUGAGCACCCAUCAUCGCGGGUGAUUACUGUACCUGCUCAUGUCGAGAAUUAUAUUCUAACAGAUUUAUUGCCUGGGUCACAGUACGAUUUGAGAGUUUUAGCGAGAACACAAUUGGGAUGGCCCAAUAUCAGUGAAUCCCAAUUGAUAUGGACCAGUGUUUCCACGUCUACUGUCAAUGCAGAUCAACUCAAUAUUAAGAAUAUUAUUGACAUUCAACUUGUCGCAUUGAAUGCUUCUAGUUCUAAGAUUAAAUGGCAGUGGAAAUUCAAUAGAGAUAAUUAUUCAGCAUUAAAAUUUGAUGCCUGGCAAGUGUAUUGUGAAAAUAUCGACGGUGAUAGAAUACUCACUGAAACAUUGCCAACAAAUUUUACAAAUUAUACCUUCACUAAUUUGCAUCCAAAUGUUUCGUAUAUCCUUGGUUUGUGCACUGUAAGCGACGGGGUAACAACUGAUUGUGUAUCGAAAACAAUAAAAUCUAUCUACCACGACGCAGAAAAUAUUCCGAUGGCUCUAGAAGCAAUUCCACUCUCAUCUUCAUCAAUUCAAAUAACCUGGACAUCAUUGCACACAAAUUCAAAGAAAUUUGAAAUUUGCUAUCAACCAGUAGAGUUACCCACAGUAGAAGCAAAAUGGUUGUUAGUGAAUGGUACCAGAGUAACAGUGAACAAAUUAAAAGCAUUUACACUUUAUCAAUUUAAGGUGCGAUCAUUUGAAAAUGAUUCGAGACAGCUGAAUGCAUUCAGUGAGAGUAUAGAGUGUUAUACAAGUGAGGAUGUACCAGGCAAACCUGAGCAAGUUGAGAGUUUCAGGGAUGGUACUAAGAUACGGGUCGUUUGGCGAAAACCAACGCAGACAAAUGGAAUAAUUCGGCAUUAUUUCGUAUCAUAUGUGUCCGAUUCAACAGAGUCAAUGAUUUGGGGUAAUGUAACAGUACCUGGUAAUCAAACGUGGGCCGUCUUACCAGAAUUUUCAACAGGUGGACGGCACUAUGUAAUGAUUCAGGCAGCGACGAGAGUUGGAUAUGGGAGACCCUCUGAUGCAGUUCUGGUUUUUACAAGUCCCAGCGUAUCAAAAAGUCCAAAUUUUUCCAAUGAACAUAAACCCCCCGUGAUCCCGAAACCAGAUCAAAGUCUCGGGGUAAUACUCGGCGUUGGUAUCAGCAUUGGAUUCAUUAUGAUAAGCUUGUGCAGUAUAUACUGUAGAAAACGAUGGGAACACUCUCGAUCGCUCCGAGAGACAACGCAACCUCUUAAGAAUCGAGCUCUUUUGAGAAAUGGCAAUGCUUGUUGUGUCGAUAGAUCCUUAACUUCAGUCAAUCAACAGGCCAUUAAUGCUAAUAUGAAUUGUAAUGAGAUUGAAUUGGCCACUCUGUGUCCGUCGUCACCAACUUCAACGAAUCCCCAGCCCGAUACCAAGGGAAUUCAAUCAAAUGGUAUUGUGGAGGGCAAACAACCUCUUUUGACUUCUUGGAAUAAUUCAAGUGAGGAUCAAAUGAAUCUUCAUAUCACCGAAAAUCCUCAGUACGAGCGGAAGAGCAUUCCACUAUCCAAUAUAGAACCAAUCGAGAAUCGAGAGGUAGAUUUAAAUACAACAGAAUUCACUUUGAUGGAGUGUACAUUAGGGGGCAGUACUAGUAGUUUAAAUAACAACCUCGGUUGCACCACAUCAACACCACACAAAAUUACACCAAUAACUGUUCCCGUAUUGGAGCCAAAUGGUUGAACUUUGCGAUCUACUUUUGUAAGAAGAAAGCAUCAUUAAAUCCAUUGAGAGUAAGUGAAUCAAGAUAUAGUUUCGGGGACGUAUUUGAAGCUCAGGGAGAUGGAAUUACUCACUGCUUGAAAAUAUCCUAUCAUCCAAAAGUUGAAAAAUGGUUGCUAUGAGAGAUGUGAGGUUUAUUCUCAAUGAGUAAUGAAACAAUCAAAAGGGAAACUCGAACAUUGGGAUGGGAAUGAAAUAAUGGUUAUGAAACAAAUAUAGAAAGUAUCUUAGUUUUUUAAAAAAAAAAGUAAAGAAGAAAAAAAAACAUGAAAAAGACGAGAAAAUUUCACAGUAUACUCAUUAACGUGUAUAUAUUAGAUAUUUUAGGCGUACAAUGAUAAAUAAGCAAAUAGUUUGUAUGCCUAUCCGAAUCACCCGGAAUAACAAGAACAUGAAUUUGAAAAAUCUCAUAUUAACAAAUCAUGCGUUCGUUGACGCAACCGAAUGUGAACAAGAAUAUAUUUGCUCACAAUUAUGAAUUUUCACUUUUUAAGACAAGAGUGAAAAUUUGCGCUUGAAAUUCGCAAUGUGUAAGUAAGAAUUUCAAAAAGUACACAGGUUUUUGUAGAGAAGAGUAAUUGCCGUAUAAAAAAAAUGUCAUUGUUGUAGGGAGCAUUGGUCAUUUAAUAGCUGUUGAUGGUAAAUAUGAGAAUAAUUUCAAUUUUGCUCUAUAUAUAUCAACAAAAGAUAGGAGGAUUAGGGGCGUAUUGAAACAUCAUGCAAUCGUGUUAUCACUCUACUCUCGGGAACAACCGACAAACUGAACAGUACAUUCCAUUAAAGCCAUGGGCUCCAUAAUCAAUUCAGUAUGAUUGGCCACACUAGCUUUUAUUUAAUUCGCUUAUAGAGAAAUGGAGAUGUUUCACUGAUUUUCCCUUUUACAUAGUGUUUCGCAAAUCUAGUUCUUUUCCUUCCCAACACAUGAUGUUAGUUUCAAUUCUCGCGAUUGCUUUUCAUUUAUUAAUCUAUUAUUACAUCUGAUUUCACAUACGAAAUAUUUUAGUUAAUAGACAAAAUGAGUAUUUCGAUUGACGAAAGAGUCUCCUGGUAGGUAGAAAAAAUUAUUGAGCAAACGGAACACAAUCCAGACAUAUACCAGACUGGCCCAUGUUACCAUGACAGAAAACCCAACUCAGUACCUGAUAGACUAAGUUAUAUUACCUUAUGUUUUUUUAACUGAACGAUGUCAAUGUUAUUGCAGUACCUCCAUUUGUUGUUAUUUAUUACAUCAUUACAUUCAAUCAUUGAUUAACUAGGUUUUUCUUUUGAAGCACGGCAAUAGAAACUGUUCUACAACUGUUUCAUUACUUGACUACGUUUCCUGCAAGAAAUUAUUAUAUACUCAUAACUCCACUAGUUACAGUCAAAUUAUAUUCCGAAAAAAAAUAGAACAAAGUAUUUAUUUCACUUUUACCAUAAAAUGCAAUAGUUUAUAUGAAGAUUACAGAUCUUAUUUUUUCUUUUACUUUUUGUUAUUCAAGCAUUAUCCCAUGAUUUAACUCAUUUCCAUUGUUAUUAGUGAUUUAAUUAUGAUUGAAUGUUUUUUUUUGACUGUACAUAUUGUUAACUAUUCAUGGUCCAUCUCCGGUGAUUUCCAUAUUUUUAGAAGAAGAAACUACCGAAACCCAGUGAACGAUGAUGUUUGGCUCUUGUUUGAUUUCACUAAUAUGACUUUAUUUAUUUAUUUUGCUGGAGAUAAAAGCAGAGGAAGCAUUAAUUCAAAAUUAUUCAUUGUAAUGAAAUAUCCUUGAAAAUAAUGCGCAAUGUCAAGACUUGUUAUCAACGUUUCUCGCACGAAUAUUUAAUGAGACGUUCUCAUUUCUGUCACUAUGUCUUCAGUUGUCUGGAUUGCAAAAUGCAGUUUUCAAAAUCGAGAAAAGUAAUUUUUUAACUUACAGACUUACGUAGAAAUAAUAAUCAUUCCACUUGAAUUGACCAGUGAUUUUAUUUCUAAAUGUUUCAUAAGAAUUAUGUUAGUUUUUAUAAAAUAUCGUAUAAUAACAUGCAGUUUUAAGUUUGAUGUUACUGUUUUUACUUUCAUUUAUGAUACGCAUUCUACAGAUAAGGCUUAGUGCCAGUAGUGUGAUAACUCGGACAGGAGAAAAUAAUGGAUUUACGCUUACCAAAACUAUUAUAAUUUUGUUAAAAAUUGUACUCUAGAUGAUUUUCUUUUUCUUCAUUUCGCCCGGAUUAGUAGCACGGUUUUGAUAGACCACAUGUACAACCGAGAAAUCAUAUUUCAUCGAAUAAUUUAUUCCAACUAGAAUAUUUUAUCUUUAUUGCCAGAGAAUAUGAGAAGCUUUUUUUUAUUAUUAUUAUCAUCAUCAAUUUAUAACUUAAUUAUCAUGUAUUUGAGGAUUAUUAUUAUUAUUAUUAAUAUUAUUAUCAUUAUUAAUAUUAUUAUUGUGAUAAGUUGAAAGAUGCUAUUUCCAUCGGUAGAAAAGAGGGUCGUCGUAUCGAAGUGAGCUUCGGGCUUUUGUAAAUCACGGGAGUCGCAUAUUUUCAAGUACAAAUUUAUGUGGAAAAAUGAAUCGCGUGCUUCCGUGUUAUCUCAAUGUU